AUCUUCUAAUAACUAACUAAAAUGACUUCAAAUAAAGUUAACUUGGGUUUGAAGAGAGUGAGUGCCAGUGACAAUGAAGAAACUGAUGACGAAUGGGAGGCGUCUUUCGACCGUAGAGUCGAUAAUAAUUUUAUUAGUAAUCGGGCCAAGGAAGCUGUACUGAUGGGCAGCAUCAUUGUUUUGGAUGACAGCGAGACAUCCGAUCACACCGUUCAGCUAGAACGGCCCUCUUCUCCACCACCUUUAAAGAAGAGGAAAUCCUCGUCGCCGCUACCAUCACCAUCGAGGCAGCAUGCUGGAGGCGAGGGGCCAUCAACUAAAAUUAUAGCCUACUACAGCUCUACGGUGGAACGAGCCAUCGACGACGAUGUACCGACCUUCCGCACGGCCAUCACGUCAACCCCGAGAGGAGUCGAUGACAGCAUCAGCUCCGAUACCACCGUUGAGCUGGAACAACCCUCUUCUCCUCCGCAGCCUUUCAAGAAUGUGCAAUCGUCGCCACAAAUGUCGGGACCAUCAUCUCCAACGAGGCAGCAUGCUGGAGGCCCCGUCGUGGAGGGACCAUCAUCUCCAGUAGCCUGCUGCAACUCUACGGUGGGCCGACCCAUCGACGACGAUGUGCCGAUAUCAACCCCGGGACAAACCGACGGAUUGGAUAUCGACUUGAUACGGACGGAUCGAGUCCAACAACAUAUCCAAUUCGAGGAGUUUAAAACUGUCUGGUACGGCGGUUUCAAAGAGUGCCUUAGAACAAAGGAAAACGAAUUUAAAAACGAAAUUAAAUUUAGGCGUGAAUCUACUAGGAAAACCUUGGAAAAAGUGAAUGCCUACCGAAGGGUACUCGAUGAAAUCGCCGAGGGGUUGAAGGCUGACAUGAAGAGUAUGGACGACUCGCUACUCUACAUAGUUGGUUUUGCGGAUACGUUACCAGAGAGGCUGUUCAACUUACCAGAUGGCCCUCCCCCUCCCCAGGCUGACUAAGACAUUUUAGUGAUAGUGUUAGUGUUAAUUUUAAUUUAAUUUAACUUAGUUUGUAAAUAUCUGUAUAUAUUUUAGAACGUAUUUUUUAAA